AGACCACCGUCAGUUCACCAAGCUCUCUGGAGAGGAAUAGAGAAGAAAGACAAUCAGACAUUACUCAGCAUUUAUCCAUUUAAUCUAAUAUUUGUAGAUUUAUCUCGUCUGAAAAUGGCAAACUGUGGAACCCUUUUGAAGAGUGCGCUGGUCGCUGUUGUCCUGAUGGCUGUAAUUCACUCUGGAUCAGCAGAUGAGAAGCUGGCUACCUGCUGUAAGAAAGUCAACAUAAAGGAGAUAACAGAGCCAAUCACCGGAUACAUGCUUCAGAGAGGCAACCUUCCAUGUGUCCCAGCUGUCAUCCUUCAAACAGAAAAAGGUCUUUUCUGCACUCCAGUGAAAGCCCAGUGGGUUCGCCGCAAGGUUCAGGCAUUCUUGAAAGCAAAAGCUCAGGCCACCACUUCAUCUGUGGUCCCCUCGUCUACUGUCUCCCUCCUCUCCAUCAUCACAUCCACUGCCUCUCCUCCUUCCUCCUCAACUCCUCCUUCAUCCUCUCUUCCAUCCUUCAUCUCCACAUCCGAGAUGCCUGCUGGUGAAACCUUUUCAGAGACGGACGACGAGUAGGCCCGCAUCUUCACUACCUCCGGCCAAUGAAAACAAAGACUGAGUUUGUCAGAAGAAGAAGAAGCUAUCGAUUAUGGCCUCUCAAUGAUAAUAACUCAUGUUUGAUUUAGAACCUGAAGAACCUCAUUAUGUUUAAUUAUUAAUUCAUGUUUAGUAUUUAUUUUAUUUUGAUGCCUACUCUCAAUGAGUAAAAUAAUUUAUUAGUUUAAUUUAAUGGACCAGAGCUGAUAGAUGUACUCAUGUAUUUAUUACCAAGUGUAUUUAUGCUCAAUGGGGUGUUUUUAUUAUAACUAUGCAUCUUAAAGUCAACUCUUAAAUUUAUGAAAUUAUUCUGAGAAAAUGUUUAGAGAUAUUUAUUCAUUUAUUUAUUUGAAAGCUUUCAAAAACAGAUGUUGUGCAACUGUAAAAACAUUGGUCAGAAAUAAAUGUUGCACAUGUGA